UUUCUCCAUUUCGAAUAUUUAUUGAUGUUCUUUGUACACUAGUAAUAUUAACAAGUAUUGUACAAUAUAAUGGGGAAAGAAAAGAAAAUCGAGCUAUUUGAGUGUCCCAUGUUCAACUGCCAACGAUUUUUCAUCUCGUUAAGUCUUUUGAAAAGGCACACAUUGUAUCACGCAGGAGUAUGUCCUUACAUGUGUGUCUUAUGUGGCACUUCUUUCAAACUUGAGCACACUUUGAAUGCUCAUCUUAAGCUACGUCAUGAUGAGCACAUGGAUGACAAGUUCACGAGAAUCAGAGGAUUUGUUUCAUGCAAUAUGUGUUUAGCUCUCAUCCCAUGUAGAGAGAUGAAAGCACAUGUUGCCAAAACUCAUGUAGAUCUAGAAUUUUAGAUAUCUAGAUGGAACUCUCGCAACACAUAAUUUACAUGUUGUGUCAUCUCUUCUGAACACUUGCUGAAAACUCUACAACAAGUCCUCUUAAUUUCUGAUCAAUGUUUUUUAUGAAGAAGUUUUGUGUAAUUUUGGGUGUGGUUAAUUUCACAUAUCCAGUCAUUGUGUUUUAUUUUCAGUGAUGUGAUUUUGGGUGUGGUUAAUUUCACAUAUCCAGUCAUUGUGUUUUAUUUUCAAUGAUGUGAUAUUCCUAAUCAUCAAGUCUAUUACAUUCCACAAAUGUGUCCAUUUUUCCAAGAAAGAUAUAGAAAUGUGUUCUGAAUUUGAUUUGCUAUUGUGCUGAUUUAGUGAUUUUAGUUUAAUAUAAAACAG